AUGGCCGAAUUUGGCGAGAGCGGCAGCAAUAGGGUAACGGUAGCAAAAGCGCCACCGAAAAAUUGCCAACCUCGCAAGGCGCAAAAUGACCGUAUAUCAAAGCUUAGCCCAGCUUUAAAAUGGGAAAAAGAAUCAAAAGUUAUACAUGGUAAAGAUGAUAAACUUAAAGACAUGUCGCCUUUUUUGAUACAAAAAUAUAUUCAAAGUACUACUGGGAACGUCACAUCUGUAAAGAAGCUUAGAUCUGGAGAUUUGUUAAUAGAGUCUGCGACGCCGAAACAGUCAGAGCAACUUCUAUCAAUAAAGAAUUUCGGUGAUGCCCCAAUAGAAGUAUCUGGUCAUAAAACUCUGAAUUAUACCAGAGGUGUCAUAUCAAGUAUGGACCUUAUUAUGGUGAGUGAUGAAGAAUUUGCUUCUGAACUGCAGUCAUUUAGAAUAACAGCUGGGUUUAUAAGUUGCGAUGUACGUCCUUUUGUGCCAAACCCGGUGCGUUGUUUUAAAUGCCAGAGGUUUGGACAUACAAAAACUAGUUGCCGCGCUUCUUCCUCUCGUUGUCCACAAUGUUCUGAAAUUGGCCAUGAUGGCACUCCUUGCACAAAGCCCGAAAAAUGUGUUAAUUGCAACGGUAGUCAUCCUGCUUAUUCUAAGUCCUGUCCCAAGUGGAAGAUUGAAAAGGAAAUCCAGACCAUUAAAAUUUCUAGAAAUAUCUCUUUUGCAGAAGCUAGGAAAAUAGUUGAAAGUCGAACUCCAAAAGAAAAUUUCCCAUACAGUACAGCUUUAAAAAGGACGACUUGUUCAAGUAUGCAAACUGAACCAAUACAAAUUCAAGAAAACAGUAGUCCAUCACAAACAAUCUCGAAGCCUUUCCCUUCUCCAUCAAAUGAGGAAUAUAUUACCAUUAAACUGAAAGAUUGGCUUGAAAUAAAAGAAAAGAUAAACGUCAAUAAGGAUGUCCAACUCAACAUCCAGCAAACGUUCAACUCAACAUCCAGUAAGGAAGUUGAGUUGGAAAUUCAUCCAUCCGAUGAAUCUCUCAGCGAAAUGGAUCUGAGCGAUGAAGCUAGAGUUGGCACAGCCAAGCCAAAAGUUUUCAAAUCUAAAUUCUUCAGGAAACCGAAAUGA